UUAAAAAAAAAGAAAAGAAAGGGAGACACUGCUCCUAGGACAACAUGAACCAUUUCUCUAUAAAUUCAUGCACGUCAUAUUCCAGUUUUGUGUCUUUCUCAUCACUGUCAUCAGCUAAAAACACAGUGUGGUAGACAAAGAAACACACUGAAAAGAAAAAAAAGAAAGAAAAAAAAAAAUUUCAUGGAAAGCCAACAACAUCAACACGAUAGCAAUAUGAAUGUUGCAAUUCCAUCAACAUGGGGAAGUGGAAGCAACCGAAUAGCCUCCUUGCAGUCCCCCCCACCGCCUACUUCCGUCUCUAAUGACAACUCCGACAAAAACACUACCGACCACCAUCCCGACGAUGUCCAGAAACGUGGAUGGAGAAAGUUUCUGUCUUAUGUAGGCCCAGGAUUUCUUGUCUCUCUGGCAUAUCUCGACCCCGGAAACUUGGAAACUGAUCUGCAAGCUGGAGCUAACCAUGGAUAUGAGCUACUGUGGGUGAUCCUUAUCGGAUUGGUUUUUGCUCUCAUUAUCCAAUCACUUGCGGCAAACCUCGGUGUGACUACGGGGAAACAUCUUGCAGAGUUAUGCAAGGCUGAGUAUCCACUAUUAGUCAAGUACUGUUUAUGGUUAUUAGCAGAGCUUGCGGUCAUAGCUGCCGACAUACCCGAAGGCAUAUAAUCAUAUGUAUUAUUAAAUGGGUUUUGCGUUAGCAAACUAAUUAAUAUUUAUAUCGUUAAUUUGUGGUGGUCAUAUAAUUAAAUAAGCAGUGAUCGGAACAGCUUUUGCACUGAACAUACUGUUCAACAUCCCCGUUUGGGUUCGAGUUCUGUUAACUGGUGGUAGCACUCUUCUCCUUUUGGGCCUUCAAAGAUAUGGGAUAAGGAAGCUGGAAAUGCUAAUAGCAGUUCUAGUGUUCAUAAUGGCAGCGUUUUUCUUUGGAGAGAUGAGUUAUGUGAAGCCGCCGGCGUCGAAGUUGUUGAAAGGGAUGUUUGUACAGAAGCUCGGUGGCAAAGGAGCCACCGGCGAUGCCAUAGCCCUUUUGGGUGCCCUUGUUAUGCUGCAUAAUCUUUUUCUCCAUUCGGCUCUUGUGCUGUCUAGAAAAGUACCCCACUCCGUCCGUGGAAUCAAUGUAAGUAAUUUGAACUAGUAAUUGUAUUAC